AUGAGGAAAAUGAACAUCGGUUUCUGCCGAGUAGAUCACAUCACCACGGAAAUUUUUUUCGAUAUCCUUCAUGGUCAAACCAUCGUAGGUGAUUUUACUCUCUUCUCCAAUAUGGAAACCGUAGGUAUGAGCAGCAAUUGUCUUCAACAAGGUGGAACAACCCGAACCAGGUCUACCAAGAACAACUGUGACUUCACCAGGCUUCAUUAUAGCGUCCAUACUCUUCAAGAUAUCAAAGUAGAUCGAAGGAUCUUGCUUUCUCAACGAUCUGAUAUAAUCCUUACCAAGCUUGAACAAAGCAGAUGUAACGGUGGGUUGGUAAUCGGAGUCAGUAGCAAUACCAUAGGCUCUCAAGUCACGGUAAGCCACUCCCAACGAUGUGGGCUUGUAAUAAUCUGGGUCGGAAUCAAGCAACUUUCUAACAUUUUUCACCCAGAAUUUAGCAUUAAACAUAUCAGAUUCUGGGUUGAGACUUUCCUCAAUUUCUUCAUGAUUGUAGGGUUCAACACCAGGAACCUGGGACAUAUGACUCAAGUAUCUAAUAAGGUCCUCACUGCUUUUUGUUUUGGACAUGUUAAUACUGGUAUUGGUGAUGGUACGAGCCAAUUCUCUAAUCGACUUAUCAGCAGCAUCAUCAAAACCCUGAUACUCCUCUACCUCAUUGUUGGACGAAGCAGCAUCCGAGUACCUGGAAUCCUUGUACUCUUCGCUCUGUGA